AUUUCUGACGAAAAUAAUCUUUUUUUGUCAUUUUUAACAAAUAUUUUAACAAAUAUUAACCGAACUAUUGGUUAUUACUGGCCGAAUUGAAUCUGGAUUGAAGAUUGAGAGUCAUGUCCUGUGUAUAACCUUAAUCCAAAUGAAUUGAUGUAGAUUGGAACAAUGUAAAGAUGGACGAUAAUAUAUUUUCAAGAAUAUAAUUUAAUCAUGGAGUACUUUAGCGAAAUAUUUCUGCUUGGAGUUGACACGAUUGUAUUCACUAUCUGCUUGAAACAGUAUAUUCACUAUAAGAAUGUGAUUAAGGCGAUUAAGAAUGUCGAGCUGCAUGACGUUGGCCCAGAUUUGGAAAGUCUACUUAAUAAAAGCCCGAAUAACAAAGUAGAUUAUAUCGCUGUCAGAGGGGUCGUGAGACCAUUAAAAGAAUCAUUACAAAGCGUUAAUAAAAAAGAUGUCGCCGGAGUCAUACAGAAGCUUAGUGUCAGAGAACAUGUUGUCGCAAGAACAUCAGCUGGUUAUUGGUCUGACCAAGAACGAACAAUUCAGCAAGUGUAUAAUAUCGUACCAUUCGUUUUGCAAAAUAGAUGGUACCGUGUUGAGAUAACAGAUCCAUUGUCUGCUGAUAUUUUAGACUUGGAUGUAAUCUCCGAUAAUUUUCAACCUAGUGUACCUACAAUUAUAGAUCAUAUAUGGGGAUUUUUUACAGGAGUACGCCAACGAGGUAUACAGUCUACAGAAAAAAUGUUGCGUGAAGAUUCAAUUAUUACAGCAAUAGGUGAGCUCUCGAGGUCGAAAACUGAAUCCAAUUAUCUUACUUUGCAACCUCCAUUAAAUGGAUCUCCUUUUUAUAUAACAAGCAUGUCAAUUACUUCUUUGAUGCGGAAAUUAGAUGAUCAUAAGAAAAUAUACAGGCUAUUUUGUUUGAUGAGUGGCACAAUUGGAUUAGUACUCGGAGGAAUUAUGAUAAGACGCUAUUGGAAGAAUAAACAGCAGCAAAGAUUAGCAGAUCAAUUACGUAAAUCGCUGGAAACAUCUCGUCAAGAAAGGCGUCAAAGGGUCAGGGAUAGAGAUCUUAGAGACGAUCAAAUAUGUAUAAUUUGCAGGACAAACGCACGUGAAAUUAUUUUAUUACCUUGUGGUCAUGUAUGCAUAUGUGAAGAUUGCUCAGUUAGCAUCAAUAAUAAUUGUCCUAUUUGCAGAACACAGAUUAUUCAAAAAGCGGCUGCAUAUAUAGUAUAAAUUUCAUCUUGACAUGAAUACC